AUGCUUCCGCUGCGCUCUCCUCGUGAUUAUCACCCCCUACUUCCUCCCGCCGCGCCCUGCAUGCCCUCUUCCUUUCUCCACUUCCGCUCACCCUCCCCACUCUCUCGCCUCCAUCUCCUCUCCCCUUCUCCGCCCUUCCCCCUUCGCCUCCGAUUUCUCCCCCCUCUCCGCGCCCUCCCCCCUCGUGGCAGCGGGGCAGCGUGGGCGUGUCGUGGCGGCGUGGGCGUGUGCGCGGCUGGGCGAGCCAAAGAGGGGGCUGAUGAGAAGAGGCGAGCCGUGCUGGCAGUGCUACGCCUCCUCAUCUGCAUGUUUCCCCCCGUUCCCCCACCCUCCACUUGUCUCAGCGUGGCGGCGUGGGCGUGUGCGCAGCUGGGCGAGCCGAAGAGGGGGCUGGUGAGGCGAGCCGUGCACGCCCUGGGGGGAGACGCCGUCAGAGGCAUGGUGGCGGAGGUGAGGGCGUGGUGGCGGAGGUACAACCAGUGCGUUUUUUGUCGACUUAUAAGUCUGCCUCCCUUGUCCCAUCGUCUUUCCCCCCAUCCCCUCCCCACCCCCCUUCAAGGUGGACGUGGUGCAGCGCUGUGGAGGGCAGCCCACAUGGACGCAAUGCAUGCAGGUGAAGAUGCUGUGGAGGCCAGCUCACGUGAGGUGGACGCGGUGCAGUGCUGUGGAGGCCAGCUCACGGCGGACGGCAAGAGGCGCCGCACUCCGGGCGGCGUGUUUUGGAACAUUCUGAGGGCGCGAGUCAGCGCUGACGUGUACAACGAAAUCAUGGCCGAGGAGAGAGAGUUGCAGGUAGGCGGGGCAGAGCAGAGGGAGAGACAUGCUGUGCCGUGCCAUCCCAUUCCUGUGCGUGUGCAGAAGCGAAGAGAGCGAGGCCAGGCAAGCAAGAAGAGGAGGAGGCAGCACAAGGGAGGAGAGGGCGCUGGUGGGUCAGAUCGUGGAGGCACCGUUACUUCUGGCGGUGGUGACAGGGAGCGCACAGGAGCCAUGAGCCUCUCGCUUGAGGGCUGCACUCGUGAUGCCGCGCGGCCGCAUGCUUCUGACGAUGCUGCUGCUGCUGCUGACGUGGCACAGGGUCCUGGGGCCAGGUGGCAAGUUAGCAGUAGUGUGUGUGUUCAAGGGGAUGACAGACAGCGCUUGGAGCAUGGUGUGACGGCGGGGGGAGGGGGCAUGGUGGAAGAUAGGGGGGUAGAAGGUAGGGGCAUGGGAGAGCAGGUGCAGUGUGGUGAGGGGAGGGCUGCAGGCCCUGUGGAGGGGAGAGAAGAGGAAGGGGUAGAGGACGGGGGUAGAGGAACGAGGGAUGGGGGGGGAAGGGGGGACGAAAAAGAGGUUGUUAUGGGCGUUGUGGAAGGAGGGGUGGACGGGAAGGAGAGGAUGAGAGAGCGGGCAUGUGGCGGAGGGAGGCAGCGGGGUGGGCUAGGAGAGGGGAGCAGUAGGGCGAGAGGCUGUGGGAGUGAGGAGGGGUUGGUGCAGGAGCCUUGGGAAGUGCAUGAGAUGAAGAAAGUGCGUGUGAGUACGGAGCAGAAGGGGGGGCGUGUGGGUGUGGGUGUGGGGACGGAUGUUGAGGAGAAGGUCCGGCUGGAUGAGGGAGAGCGGGGCGGCAGUGUGAGGCAGGUGCUGCAUGCAUGGCGGAGUGCUGUCAUGGCUGGUAAGGGCGCUGGGUGGGAAGAAGCCGAGGAGGGCGAGUGGCGUGAAGCUGAUUGUGCCACUGCUAGUUUGGCCAUGCCAGCUGGCUUGGGUGUUGAAGAAGCUGGGUUGAAUACUGAUGGAGAAGCUGGGUUGAAGGCUGGUGACGUGGCCAAUGUUGUGGGUGUCAUGGCUAAUGGUGUGAGUGACGCUAAUGGUGGGGGUGACCUGGCUGAUGGUGUGGCUGACGUGGCAGCCAAUGGUGUGGGCGACAUUCACGAGAGGGAAGGCAGGGAGGAUCCGAUGGAGGUCGAUGGUGCGUGCGAGGAGGCCGUGUGUGAGACAGUGCCGCCUUGUGUGGAGGAGCAGCGUGAGAUUGAUCAGCGCAAGGUUGUUUUGCAAGGAGAAGGGGCACAUGCAGGUGCGAGCAGCAGUGUGGACGGUGGCGCCUCUGAGAUUGCAUCGCUGUCAUGCAAGGGCGUGGAGAGAGGUGGCACAUGUGGGGCGGCAGCACUGCCAGGCGUGCGCACGGCACAGGGGGGAGAGCAGAGAGUGUCUGUGAAGCAGCGGCUGCGCAUGCCAGUCAAGUAUGAUGAUGUGCCCGGCACAGUAGAGGAGGUUGUGGAAGGGUCUGUCAUGUGA